AUGCAGAGGGUGUUCCAUGAGCAGGGCAUCCUCUUUGGCUACCGGCACCCACAGAGUUCGGCCACUGCCUGCCUCCUCAGCCUUUUCCAGAUGACCAAUGAGACUCUCAACAUCUGGACUCACUUGCUACCCUUCUGGUUCUUCAUGUGGAGAUUUGUGACCAUACUAUAUGUGACAGACAUCCAGAAUGACAGCUAUUCCUGGCCUCUGCUUGUGUACAUGGGGACCAGCUGUGUGUACCCCUUUGCAUCCAGCUGUGCACACACCUUCAGCUCUAUGUCCAAGAAUGCCAGACACAUCUGCUACUUUCUGGAUUAUGGUGCCGUCAACCUCUUCAGCCUGGGCUCAGCCAUUGCCUACUCUGCGUACACCUUCCCGGACACGCUGGUAUGCACCACCUUUCAUGACUACUACGUGACCCUGGCGGUGGUGAACACCAUCAUCAGCACCGGCCUCUCCUGCUACUCCAGGUUUCUUGAACUCCAGAAGCCGAGGCUGUGUAAGAUGCUACGAGUCCUCGCCUUUGCUUACCCCUAUGCCUGGGACUCCUUUCCCAUCGUCUACAGGCUGUUCCUGUUCCCAGGGGAGAGUGCACAGAAUGAAGCCAGCAUGUACCAUCAGAAGCAUAUAGCCAUGACCCUCCUGGCUUCAUUCUUCUACUCCGCACACCUGCCGGAGCGCCUGGCUCCUGGACGCUUUGACUACGUUGGCCACAGUCACCAGCUGUUCCACGUGUGUGUGAUCCUGGCCACGCACUUGCAGAUGGAAGCUAUACUUCUGGACAAGACCCUGAGGAAGGACUGGCUCAUGGCCUCCUCCAGGUCCCUCUCUCUCCUCCAGAUCACUGGGGCCAUGCUUCUGUGUCUCACCUUCAGCCUCAGCAACAUCCUUUAUUUCUCAGCUGCUCUGUAUCGGAUUCCCGAGCCAGAACUACAUAAAAAAGAGACGUGA